ACUGGAAGAGUCGCAGAAUCCUUGGCUAAAUUUGGAUCCUCUUGAAUAUGACUCAGAAGACAUUCAAAUUUAUCAACAGUUAAACCUGACUUCAUCUUUUGAGCAAAUUGCCUAUCUAAUUAAAGAUGUUCUUGACAGAAGAAGACCAGAAGCAGUCUCCAACAGUAGGACUUCUUCUACUGAAGCUGUGGCCGGGAGUGCCCAGCUUUCUCAGGGAUCCUCUGAUACCACAGACCUCUGUGGAUCUGACAUAGAACCACAGCCACCUAGCGCUGUAAAUUUUGCAGAAAAUCCUCAGGAUCUCAAUGGAGCCAUACCAGGUCAGAUUGAUGUGAACAUAGAUCUUGUUAGUCCUGACAGUGGAUUGGCCACUAUAAGAAGCAGCAGAUCUUCCAAAGAGAGUUCAGUUUUUCUGAGUGAUGACAGUCCAGUUGCAGAGGCUGCUGGCUUACAUUAUGGCUCCUUGCAUGGUUUUGAUCCUUACAGUGCAGCUUCAGAACGAGGCAUCUCACAUGAGCAGGAGCUACAGAGUCACAGUUUAAUGGAUCAUUCUGAGCUGUACAAUUCGGAUUCAGUUCCUGCAGAUACCGCUCAGUCUCAUUCAGUAAGAGACGUUGCUGGAUUUGACAUGACAGGGAACCUAUUUCUUGCUACAGUUUCAUCAAAUAGACAGCCAUCAGUGCUAAGAAGAGAGCAUGUUACAAACAAUCCAGGGAGAAACAGUCGGGGUAAUUACUCCCCCCAGUCUCUAACAGGAGAGAGUGAGGAAGCUAGUCCUGUAGACUAUGAAAAUGAGUUUAAUCAUGAACCUGAAGAUCUUUUAGAUCGGUCAGAGAUAUCAACCAACUUCUCUGGCUUUGCAGAUGAUGAUUCCUCAUUGUCUCCAGCUAGUUCCCGAAGAGGAGAUGUCACUGACACUGAUGUUCCACCAACACCUGUGAAUAGCCUUGUGGACAGCUCUCCUCUUGACAAUGGCCCUCCCAGGUUUUUUCCCCAAGAUGUAAUAGCAAAAAUAAAUGAAAUUGGUCAUGUUCAUUCUUUUCAGUCAGCUAAUCCAUAUCCUGACUUCUGGAGUGACUGUAAUUCGGGCUCUAAGCAUGUAGUUUUACAGAGCACUGAUACACAAGGUGGGAAUGAACAUAAACCUGCUUAUAAUUUUAAAAGAGAUGUUGACCAGCAAGGUCAAUUCUUAACAGAGUUUGAGGAAGGGAGUUUGGAAACUAAGCAAGCAGCAACAUAUAUGACAUCUGCAGCAUUAGAGCUGUGGGAUAACCAGUUUAGCACUGGGAUAUCAGAGAGCAGUGAUGUACAUAGUAGUAGUAUGGAUAUAUUAUCCAGUAAAGUGGAGGUAUUUGAAAACCAGUUUAAAUCAACAGAAAUACAGCCAUCAUGCUUGCAAUUAAAAAAUAGCUAUAUUCAAGAGCCAGGACAUGAAAACCUUCUUGAUCUGUGGAAUGAGCCAGAAAGAGAAAGCAGUCCAGUAGCAUCUGACCUUUCCAAUCUGUGGAGCAAUAUUAAAGAGGUGGAUAAGCAGAUUGACAUAACAAGUUACAGUAGCUGGAGCAAAGCAACACAUGAUGUUAGAAGCACAGAAGUAGCAGAUAUAUGGAAUCAGAUGGAAAAGGAAGCUAACCAGGGACUGUCCAAUGUAACAAAUGAAUUGACUGGCUGCAAAACAAAUCAGAGUGUUUCUUUUGAGGAAGGUAUAUGCAGUGCAUUUGAUAGCUUGAUUAUCCAAACAUCUCCAAAUGUAAAAAAUGAAGGAUGUGGUUUGGGUAAUGUUCUUCCAAUAAAUGAAGCAAUUAAUAUUCAGAAUGAAACUAUGUAUGAAGAGGAACACUUCACCACCAGAAAUCAAGAUGCAGUUUGUUGUCCUCAGUUAAAUAUGGUGUCAUUUGGUAACUCCGCUGUCUGGGGUGAUAUACAAGAUAAUGCAAGUAACAAAAUGUUGCAUGACCUCUUGGAUGAACCUAACCCAAAUGAAGAGAAAGCAGAGUCCACUGCACAUCGAGAUGAGACAUCCGAGGUAAGAAUGAAUACAGAAUCUUUCUUUUCUCAGUCUCUGGUAGUCCCUCCUGUUGGAAAAGACUGUCAGGAAGCUACUUUAAAUGAAUCAGUCAUAAAGAACAGCAAUGACCUAGUGAACAGUAAUUCUCACUCUGAUAGUCAGGAUUUUUUCAAUGCAGCUAAAGAAAAUGACAAUCAGGAAAUUAGGCAUUCAUCUUUUCAGGACCUUGAAGGUUUAGGUACUGCCAAUCCUGAAAUAUUAGGCAGUGGUGUAAGUAAUGAUGGAAAGGAUAGUGUUUGGGCUGAAGAAAGUAAAAGCAUGAGCAAUUGUAGUGAAGGUGUAAACAAUGCAAAUACCAUGCUCAUUAAUCUUAACAAUGAAAGUCCGGAAUUAUGGUCUGGCUUUAAUCCAAAUGAGGCAACUCCAUCAUAUCGUAUGGCAGAAAGGGGCAAGGUAUCACCUGAAAAUCUACAUAUGUGGAAUACAACAAUUUGUGAAGAAUCUUUGUCUUCGGCAACAACACCAGACACGAGUGGUGAUUCCGGUGCAGACAGCUGGAACUGGACAAAUGACCCUUCAUAUCCAAGUCACAUCCUCCCAGAUGAGCAGAUCAAAAGCUCUGUUCAAAAUAAAAGCUGCAUAAAAGAAACCUCCAACUUUGUGUCACAGAAUGAUGACUCAUGGUAUUCAAGCUCUCCAAAAUCACUACAAAGAACUAUGGUAAACAAUGACUUAGAAACAGAAGAACAAGGGAUGACACCAUAUGAGAGAAGCUACCAGGCAAGUCAAGAAGAGUCUUCUCCUUUUGAACUCCAGACAGAGUCUAGUUUAGCAGACUGUAAUACCUCUGAAGGUUAUAUUGUUUGGGAUGAUCUCACGAACAAUGGUAUGCAGCUGGACAACUCUGGACAACGUAUUUUAAAUGAGAAUAGUAGACUGGUAGAAUCUGAUAACUUUGACUUGAGAGAAAGCCAAAUAAAUACACCCAGAGAAAGCCCUAAAGAUAAGGGGAACAGAGAGUUUAAUGUCCUGCAGUUCACACAUUUGGAGGACAGAGAUGUUUUGGGACACUCAGAUGUGUGGAGUAUACAGAAGCCAAGUGAAAGCCAUGCAAAAGUUUCUCUACAAGAAAGUGAGCAAUUAGAUAUGUGGGACAUGCCUAUGUGUCAUGGAAGCAGAGAGAUUAGAAAUGAACGUGACAUAGUAGCAAGUGUAUCUAAAUGUAUUAAAGAACUGAAUACCUAUGAUGAAACACCAGAAAGUAACUCUGAUAGAUGCUUUGGAACAGUAGAUGUGUCAGAUACAGCUUUACUCGAAGACAGUCACUUUACAGAUACCAGCCCAGAUACCACAGAUGAAUCUGAAUCCUUAGACCCUUGGGGAAGUCUCCAGCAUAAUAAGUACGAGGAAAUACAAGUUCCAAGUGCAACAGAUGCUUGGAAUGACAUUAUAAUGCAACCUACUUAUACAGAUCUUGCGGAAAAAAGCAUUUCUGAAAAGUCAGAUAGAUACAGUACACUUGGAGAAGAGAAUCUGAUUCAAAGUAAUGAUGCAGUAUCUGAAAUUUUACAGGCAUCCGAUACAGCUGAAAAAAUAUCUGAGACACAAUCUACAAUGCAAUGUCCCGAGACAACAAGAAUUUCAGAUUCUGCACAUAUUCAGAAUGAUGCAGCAGAAAACCAAAUUCAGAGCAAUGCAAAGUACUUAGACACAUCAUUAGAGCAUAGAUAUAAACAGGACUCAUACGAGCAUUUCAGUUUGGAGCUCACUGAACAGAUAGAAACACAGCAGCAUUCAGAAGUGAACAAUGUCAUAUUAGAUCAAUUUGAUGAUGAAUCACGUAAGCAGGUGACUAUCGAAGUACAUAAUAAUACAAAUGCACCUUCUGAAAUAGGCCGUCCGCACACUGUGGAGGGUUCUGAUAGUCAUGACAAACAGGAAAACCUGUUGACCCCUUUUCUAUCUUCCGUGCAAAACACUCCUCACAUGGUGAAUUGUACUGAUGUACACCACCAGCUAGUGUCUGUAGCUUUAAAUGAAGGUCACACAAGGGAAGAAAAAAGCAAUGCAGAGGAUGAGUAUCAUCAGGGCAGUCAAUGUGAACUGCAAAAUGAUAUUUUUACAAAUCCGGUUAUUCAGCAGUCCGCAGCACAUGAGGAACCAAAUGAUCUCAUUAGCUGCAAUGUAUUUGACGAGUUACAAGAAUCAGCUCUGAAAGAAGAAUAUAGAGGAAGUUUCAGCAUCAUGAAAAACGAAUCUGAAAAGACUGGCAGAAGCAAAACACAAACAGAAGAGGCUAAAGAAAAUCAGCAAGCCUUCAACAUGUCAUCCACAGAUUUAGAAGUACAUGGUAGUUGUACAGCUGAUGCAGUUUUAUACAGCAAUCAACAGGUGGCAGCAGAUACCACUGUAGGUGCCUCAGAUACAUGGCUUGAUUUUACAGUAAACGAUGACAGGGAUCAAAUGCUGCCAAAUAUUCUGCACCUUGAAAAUGCAUCAGAUAGCAGAAAUCUCCACCUAACAAAAACCGAUGUAUCAAGUACUGCUCAGCCUCUGUCUUCUGGUCUGCUUGGUGAUAGUAUGGACAUUUUAAAUGAUGCAGAACAGGAAAUGAGCCCUUGUAUUUCAUACAUUCCAGAUACCUGUUGUAACUAUACAGGGGCACAACAAAAUGUUCACCCCACAAUUGCUUGGAGCAGUUCUGAAGAAGAGACUGUUCACUCAGUUCCCACUACACCUAGCCCAACUGCAGAGGUUGGCCAACAUCCAAUAAUUCCAAAUGACUGGUUAGAAUAUGGCAGCAGUCCUGAACUUGUCCAGAGUCCAUCUGAGGAGCAUAUAGAACUCAUUCCUUCAGAAAACCUUAUUUGUGAUAAAGAACAGAAUUUAGGUGCAGUUAAAGAAGAAACACAUGACUUAUUCACAACUGAAAAUGAGGAAUGCAGAAAUUUUACUAGUCACUUAGAAAAUGCAUCCUUUUCAUCAUAUCCUACUGAAAAGGAUGAAUCCAUUUCCCAUGAUGCACAUUUUUCAAAUUCUAAUCAAUUAGUGAUAUCAGAACAGUUUUCUGGUAAUUCGGGCCACUGGAAUUUACAGUUCAAUGCACCUUCUGUGUUGUCAAUUACUACAAAUGAGUUCUCAGAUGAGCAGCAUAUGAAUACUGCUGCCAUGAGCAACACUUUAGAAAUUCCCGAAACUAAAUCUCAUAGUUAUUUUGACACGUUAUCUACACAUGUGACUGCAAACGAUGUAGUACUUGACUCAGAGUGUUCUAACAAUAGUAUUCCAGUCCGUAAAACUGACGAUAGCAUUAAGAAUGAUGUUUCAGUCUUCGUUCAUGACUUACACAAGUGCAUGCAAAGUGAUGAAAAAAUUAGUGAUAAUGACCUUUUGAAAUCAAUAAACACUGAUAGGUUCUGCAAAGCUAAUAAAGUGGAUCAGAAUACACUCCAUAGAGUUGAAAGCUCAGAAAUUACAGCAGAUGGCCACAUCAUAAGCAUAGAGAAAGACCAUGAAAAGAUUCUGUUUGACUCCAAAAUAGAGACCGCUUAUUCUUUUCCUCAUGAUGUGUCAGUAGAAAAGGUUUAUUCAGAUGAAGCUAUUUUAACUGAGGAUAAUGUAAGUCACAAUUUGCAUGGUACUGCUCGCAAAUUAUUGCCUAAUUUGUUAGAUAAAUCCAGAGAUCUCAACAGGGAAGUACAGGAAACCAAUAACAGUAGUACAUCAUUGUACCCAGUAACAGCAAACUGCUUGCAGGAGACUGCUGAUGGAUUUUUACAAAGUGCAGCUAAUGAAAAUUUAACUGAACUUCCACAAAGUGCAGUUAGUGUAAAUUCAUCAAUCUCUCUAAAUGUGUCUCCCUGUUUUACUGAUCAUGACAGAGAGGAAAGUAACUUUGAAGUUGUACCAGUAGGUGGCAGCAUAAUACAACCAAUCACUAAUUCAGCACAUGCGUCAAUUCCUCAGCUUCAGACUUGUGAUGAUUAUCAUGGAAAUGAAUGGGAUGUAGUUCAGUUUGGUGACAUAACUGAGAGUGAACUACGACACCAAAGCACAACCUGCGAGGUUCAGACCCCAGAACCCUGGGAGGAUAUGGCUCCUGAAAAUGACAAUGUAGAGUUUGCAGAUCAAGAUAAUGCUGCCUCUUCUUCCUGUUCACAAAGCAUAGAGUCAGAGACACAACACCAACAGUGCAAAAUACACCUAGAAACCAUGCAUGAUGCUACUUGCCCAUAUGAAAACAAAGUAAAUUUCCAAACUGAAGAAUCUUUUAGCAGACGGGACAAUCUCUUUGUAGCAGAUAUUUUGUCUAAUGCUUCUUCUGCAUCAUUUUUAGAAGUUAGCAAUGAAUCUCUCGAUAUUGAAUCUAUGGAUGGAAGUCAGACUAAAACUAGUCCAGAAUUCCUGGAGUCAGGUAGUGAGGAAGAUGUCAGGCUGCAAUUAGACGAGGACCAAACUAUACAUGGAAUGGAUUACAUUGUUGUAUCUAAUGGGGAAGGUGGAUAUUCAGCGGAGGAUAUGAUUGAAAACCGAAUAACUUCUUUUACGCUAGAAGACACUGAUGUGACUCAAACACAUUUCCAGGAAGUUUCUUCAGUAAGUCAACCAAAUAUUUCCCAUCACCUUUCUAUAGCCUGUAAUAAUAUUCAGAGUUUAACAACUUCUGAAUGUAUGCCUAUUCAAGAAGUAGAAAACACUUCUGUGUAUGAAAAUUACAUUUCAGAAGAAAACAGGCCUUUAGAAUAUCAGAGCAACAGCACAAUGCUAUUUAAAGAUGAAUUCCCGAACACUUUACCAGAUGGAAAUUCUAGUGAAACAGAAAGCACAGAGAAUGAGACUGAAUAUUCUUGCAAUGGUUUAGACAAAGAUGGCUCUGACCUAUUGAACCAAGAACUUAAUCAGAUCCCUAAGUCCGGGUCAGUAGCAAUGGUUGUAGGUCAGGAGUCUUCUGAAGUGGAAGAGGAGCUGUUUAUGGACAAUCUUACUGAAGGGGGUGAAACUGUUCUAGUCUUUAAUGAAGCUGACACUUCUGCCUCUUAUGUUUGUGCGUACAAGAAAGGGAGUGAGAUGGAUCGUGUAUUACCUGAAGAUGGCAGUGUAACCAUUUCUGAGCAAAAUGGGCAAGCAGCUAGUGAAAGGCAUCACUGGAGAACUAUACAAUCGAUACCAGAGGAUGAGGGAAUGGACUUUAAUUCGGAUGAUGGAGUUCUGAACUCCAGUGCUAUAGAAAGCAAGCCUGUGCCUCCUAAUUCUUUGGACCUGAAUGGUGACCAUCCUCGAAAGAAGAAACUUGCAGCUCCUGACAUCAGCCUUUCAUUAGACCACAGUGAAGGCUCCAUCCUGUCCGAUGAUAAUCUGGACACCCCUGAUGACCUGGACAUUAACGUGGAUGACCUAGAUACCCCUGAUGAAGCAGAUUCACUGGAGUACACUGGGCAGGGCAAUGAACUGGAAUGGGAAGAAGAGCAGCCUACCAAUACAGAAGUAACUGAGGGGGAAACAGAUGCCAUCCCAGAGUAUACCGCAGAAGAAGAAAGGUCCGACAACAGGCUAUGGCGAACAGUAAUUAUUGGAGAGCAAGAACACAGAAUUGACAUGAAAGUGAUUGAUCCUUACAAAAAAGUCCUUUCCCAUGGGGGGUACUAUGGCGAGGGUGUCAGUGCCAUCAUUGUGUUUGCUGCCUGCUUCCUGCCAAACAGCAGUCGUCCUGAUUACCAUUAUGUCAUGGAAAAUCUCUUUCUGUAUGUAAUCAGCACCCUGGAACUGAUGGUGGCUGAAGAUUACAUGAUUGUCUACCUAAACGGAGCUACUCCAAGGAGACAGAUGCCAGGCCUGGGCUGGAUGAAGAAGUGUUACCAGAUGAUAGACAGAAGGCUAAGGAAAAAUCUGAAAUCAUUCAUCAUUGUUCACCCAUCGUGGUUCAUUCGGACAAUACUUGCUGUUACCCGACCUUUCAUCAGCUCCAAAUUCAGCAGUAAGAUAAAAUAUGUCAGCAGCCUGGCAGAACUCGCAGAGUUGAUUCCAAUGGAGUAUGUGCACAUUCCAGAGGUUAUAAUUCAACUGGAUGAAGAACUGAGGGAGGCGGCUGAAACUGCUAACAGCUUCCAAAAGGAGCCAGAAAUGACAUCAAUCCAAGGCAGUGGAAAUUGACAAGAAUCUGCAAGAAAAGACAAAAUCCUAAAUCCUGGAAGGCUGAGGAGAUCUUCUUUUUAACUCAAAUGUUUGAAAUUUUUAUUUAAUUUUCAUUAAGAUAUGGUGGUGUCAUAUACACAGUUAAAUAUAAACCUGUUGUAUCCACUGCAUUGUCUAAGCAAUAUAGCGGAGUGCCAAGGAUGCCAUAUAGGCAAAAAGUCUCUUGAAAUGGGUAUCAAAUCCUGUUUGGCAUUUCUCAGAAAAAAUGUUUGUGUUCAUGUACAGCUCAAGGUUAAUUGCCUAGCUACAUUGACCUAUGAUGGGAGUCUUCAUCUGCAGCUGUUUGUCUUACAAGUUGUGUUCCAUGUGUAAUAUACCUCCCACCAAGCUGAUUGCCAUUUGAGCCAUAUGCACUUCAUCAGUCGAUGCAUUGCAUGUUCUUUAUAUGUUGAUUCAUUAUGUAAGUGAAACCCAACCAUGAAACUUACAACAAUGCCUGUGGAGUUUGUAGGACAUAUGAAUUUACCAAAACAAAGGUGACAGGUUUGCGUAAAUUAUUUAGAUUACUGAAUUCACUAUAAGAUGCUUUGCAUCAAAAAAGUAGAGAAUCGCUCAAUGUUCUGGCUUUGCUGCUGAUUUUAUUUAAUAGAUUAAGUUAAAGUAUAGUAAACUGCAAGAAACAUUAGAACUUUUUUUAUAGAUUAAGAUAAAAUGUAGUAAACUGCAAGAAACAUUAGAACUUUUCAUCAGAUAGCUGUCAUUUUCUUUCCGACUGCCUUAAGCUUAUUAGAAAAUGAUGUUACUUUUAUCAUUUUUAAGUUUGGUUCAUGAAGCAGUAUAUUAGACAGAUGGUGCCAUGCAGUUUGGCCUCCUUUUGGUUUCCUUAUGUCCUUGCCAAUAACAGCUGAGCAAGAUGUCACACCUAGUAAGAAACUUUGGACUCCCUCCAUCUGAAUACCGUCUUUGCUACUUUGUUACUUAAGUACUAUAGGGAAGGAUGUUCUUAGACACUAAGUGUUAGGUUGGUCUAGAUAGAGUUAGCAUACUCUCAAUAGACCAGUGUCGACAAACAGACAACUAAUAACAAACUAAGACUAAAAAAAAAUCAUAAAUUGUUGCAGCACAUCCAAAUACAUACACAUCAUUCCUGCAAUUGUAUUUGCAGACAGAUUGCCAUAGUGACAAAACGUCUUGUUUUCUCCAGUGAAUGUGAUGGCUCUGAUCCAGCCCAUAGUCUCCCUUUUAGGUCUUCUGAGAAGUCAUGCUUUCUGCAUCCUCUUUUUUAUGGUAUAUUUCUUAAAUUAAUUUUAAAGGUUAGGGCAGUGAGAGACAGUUUUGGCCACCAUCAUAAAAAUCACCCACUAAAUUAUACUGAUUUGACCAAAAUCCAUAUGACAACACAAAUCAAGGACAAAUUCUGCAAUGGCAUAGAGCAUGAUUCAGGUAUGAAUGUAAACAUCAGAGUAUAUAUGAAAUUGUUUUCCUUCAAAAACAGUUACCUGCAUAUAGAAUGAACAGCAAUAAUAAUAACAACAUCAAAAACAAUAAGAUCGCACUACCGGUGCUUGGAAAGCUCCAUGCAAUUAAUAUAAUGUGAAGUUUGCCUGUCAUUUCUGUUCACAUCAGCAGCAGAUAUUAGAGAUCUACAGUGGCUGAUACCCACUGUUAGGGACUGUCUCUUAACAGUUAGCCUGUACCUGAAGUACCUUAUCGGUAAAGGGGGGGGUAUGCUUCUUCCCUCGCUGUGUUAAGGAUAACUGUCGGAGCAUAAUUGACAGGUCAGGAAAUGGAACUAGAAGACCAUGUUUUGCUGACAAAAUAUCCUGCAGCUUUUACAGCUUCUCCGAAAUGCAAUUUCAUACUUCUGUGAAUGAAAAUCAAUAACUUGAACUUGGCCAGUCAUGUUUUGGUCAUUCAUAUCACUCUCACAACAUGUCUUUCCUUUGUAAUCAUGGUUGCUCACAUUCCUUUGUUAUAUUUCAGCUGACUGUAAAUGUUUUACACAAGAAUCACUAUUUACAGUUGCAGUCACAUAAUUUAAGCUAUUUUUGAAAGACAUCAUUUGCCGUAACACAAUUUUAUAGUGCAACUUUUUUUUCCACUUUUUGAAGGAUCAAGUCUAAUUGAUGAGACAUGAGACUGUUAAUUAUCUGAGAAGUACAUAAAAGUAAAUAAAAUGAUCUGAUGCCACAAUAAA